AUGUUGUCGAAGCUGUCCGCCCUGCUCUUCUUCGCCGCCCUGGUGGGUACGUCCCUGGCCUACUGCCCGAACUCCUGCAGCGGCCACGGGUCCUGCGGGACCAACGACCAGUGCACAUGCUACCUCCGUCCGAACGGGGACGUGGCUUGGAUCGGGGCUGAUUGCUCGCUCCGCACCUGCCCAAAGGGCGCGGCCUGGGCGAAGGAGGCAGUGGCCGCCAACGACGCUCACCCGGAGGUGGAGUGCUCGGCGAAGGGCACCUGCGACCGAGCCACGGGCAUCUGCACGUGCUUCGAGAACUACGAGGGCGUGGCCUGCGAGAGGACCAUCUGCCCCAACGACUGCUCCGGGAACGGGUUCUGCUUCACCGAGAAGCAGCUGGCCGCUGAUGCCGGGGGAACGUACAACACGCCCUGGGACGCCGAGAAGCAGGUCGGGUGCAAGUGCGACGCUGGGUUCCGCGGCCCCGACUGCUCCCUUCAGGAGUGCCCCUCCGGCGCCGACGUCAUGGGCGGGGACGGCUCGAUCGAGGGCCGAGACUGCUCCGGUCGUGGCAUCUGCGACUACACCACCGGGCUGUGCGGGUGCUUCCUCGGCUUCUACGGCACCAUGUGCGAGUACCAGACCAUCUUAUCAUAA